AGGAAGGUACAUGUAAACAAAACCAACGCUACAAAACGAAUGUAACCACAAACUAAGUAUUGCUACAUGUUUAGACCGCGUGGCUGAGAAGACAGCAGUUUAGCACAAACGGAGAACAUGUCGUGAACUUUAUUUUAGUUGUUAUUAAGCUAUCUCGUUUUAAUGUGUUAAACUUCGUGAAAGGAAGGAAAGUCAAAGAUUUAACUGUGUUCGAGGAAACGAUACCCAGCUGAUUGUAGUAUUAAUAUUUAAGUAAUUGUACUGCUCAACAACGGAAAUAAUUGCGACUCUUAUUUAUCAUUUGUCGUUUGAAAUUGAAUGAAAAAAAAAAGCCGUUGCUUUGUUGCUGUAAUCAGGCCUAACAAAUAACAUUCUCACAGUUAACAACUCGGAGUGAAAACGUCUUUAACUUCAAAGAAACCAUGCUGCUGGCUGGAGUUUUUAUUGUCCUAACACUUAUCUAUGCUACAAAUCUCCAGGAAGAUCAGCAGUCUCCAGAAUUUAAAAACAGACUGAAAAUUUUUAGAAGUCACGCUAACGUUACUGCAAUCCCGACUUGCACUCUGUCCACUUACACGGGGCACCUUCGAGUGUACUGUCGUGGGGCGAACAUCGAGGUGGUGGCCUAUCGUGUCCCCCAGCAAACGUACGAGCUUAGUCUCGGUAAAGGAAACUACACUAUACUGGAUCGUUCCUUAUUUUCUCAUUUAAAGCAAAUGCGAAGAUUUGAACUGUACAACAGCAGAAUUUUUAAGAUUAUGCCACAGUUUCUCAAGGGACUUUCUCGUUUGGAAUUUUUAGGUUUAAGCAAUAACUUCCUUAAAAGAUUACACCCGAAACUUUUCCUUGAAACUCCAAAUAUAACGACCUUAGAUCUUUCUGGUAAUUUAAUUCUUUCAUUUGGGGUCAUAUCUUUGGCCCUUGCAACGUUAAAACACCUAGAGAAGGUAGAUCUUUCUGAUAACAAAUUAAUUCGCUAUAUACGCUUCGAUGACGUAGAAGACCUGCGCAAUAGUUCUCUACGGGACUUGAAUAUUAAUAAUUGUUUUCUGGAAACAGUUGAGAAUGGUUCUUUAGGGGUGUUAUCGAAUCUGAAGACUUUAGAUUUGGGAUCGAAUAUUUUAUCAGCAAAGGCUUUGAAAAACGUUACUUUAGGUCUACAGUACACACAAAUAAAAGUGUUUAAACUAGCGUAUCUCACACAAUUGGCAAUUUUUCCAUCAGAUAGUCUCUCACCUCUUUCUAAUACCUUUGUCGAAUCUUUGUAUCUCGAUGAUAAUCACUUUUUGAAUAUCGCACUAUUUCCAAACAUUCCAUCUUUACGGACAUUAUCCUUGACCUCAUGUUCUGUUGAAGACUUGGGGAAAUCUUUGUACACGGUACCCGGUGUGGAAGUGUUAUUUCUUAAACGUCAUAGACUCGUCUCCAUAGGGCAAAACCAGUUACGCCCUCUUACCAAGUUACGGAAACUUGUUGUUAGCGAUUACGUUGGUGAUUGGCACUCGGACAGAUUCUUUUUGGAAAUUAACGGCUUUUCAACUUUAAAGAAUUUAGAAUACCUUAAUCUUGCGUCAAAUCCAAUAAAAUCUUCAGUCAACAGACUUCAUUUUAAUGGUCUUGAAAACUUAAAGGAAUUGGAUUUAUCCGCAACUUUAAUAACUAAAAUAGAAGAUUUCGCAUUUGAACCUUUGAAAUCCCUUGAGCGUCUGAACUUAAAUUACAACAAUUUCAGAGAUUUGAGUAAUAAUACAUUUCACGGCCUCACAAAUCUCACAUACUUAUUUUUAAGGGAAAACGACUUGAUUUUAAGAAGCUAUUCGUACCCGUUUCAUAAGAUGCCAUCUUUGGAAGUUUUGAUUUUAAGUAAUAAUAAUAUAAGGCUUAUGGACUCUCUAACAUUUUCGAGAUCCUCAAACUUGGAACUUCUUUUUCUUUCAAACAACGUCAUUGCACCUUGGAAUGAAUCACUUUUUGAGAAUAAUCCAAAACUAAGAGUUUUACGGUUAGAAAAAAAUGAUAUUAGAUAUGUGACCCAAGCAAUGUUACAAGAUUUCGUAAAAGUAACGGAAGAAAUAGACGUGUCUGGUAAUCCAUAUGAUUGUCAUGUUUGCGGGAUGGAAAGUUUCCAGAGAUGGAUAAACAGCACUAAUGUUACCAUUAAAGACUUACAUCGUUUUCCUGAAAAGUAUUCGUGCAAGAACCCAAAAGAUUUAGAAGGCAAGUUUCUUGUAUUUGUGAAGAUUCCAACAGAACAUUGUAUCACAUACGUUGUCAAUCUUAAGUUGGUUCUUACCUCUUCCAUUGCAACAUUAGUAGCUGUGGUGGUAACAGUUCUCUUCGUUGGAUAUUACUACCGUUGGUAUAUUAGAUACUGGUGGUUUUUAAUUCGCACAAAAGUAAAACACUUCCGAGAAACCAACGAAAGUGAAGAGUUCUUGUACGAUGCCUUUAUUUCCUAUAGCGAAGAUGACGUAGCUUGGGUAUCUAAGAAGCUUCUUCCUGCGCUAGAAAACAAAGAAACGAAACUUCGUCUAUGUAUCCACGAAAGAGAUUUCGAUGUAGGAAGACCAAUAACAGAAAAUGUGCUCCAGGCGAUCGUAAAGAGCAGAAAGACGAUUCUCAUUCUGUCAAAGUCCUUUGUGAACAGUAAGUGGUGUAUGUUUGAACUGCACAUGGCGCAACACAGGCUGUUUGAAGAUGAUCGUGAUGCGUUGGUGUUGAUUCGUUUUGAUGACUUGAAUGACAAGUUACUUACCAAGAACAUAAAAUACUUAAUCAAGACAAGGACGUACAUCCCAUGGCCACAGACCCAGGAUGAACAAAAGCUUUUCUGGUUAAGACUAAUAAAUGCCGUGUCUAAAUGAAGCGAUAAUGGCCGAUUUUGACCUUUAGUAACCCCUUUCAAUACUUAAAUGGUCAGGAAAAGUUUUUUAAGGAAUUUGAAAUGCUUAACUUUCUGUGGACAUUUUCUUGGUUAGUCUUUUCACAAAAAGUACUCUUCAGAGGAAUCUUCAAUAAAUGUUUAAAGUUGAGAGCAUUUUGUGCACACAGUUUGAUGCAUAACAUUUAUUGGAAAAGAAAGAACAAAGAACAACACAUAUUUUCAAAGACAUCGAGAAUUGAUAUAGUUGCAAUUGAUUGAGAACGGUGAUAUUCAAGAAGAUUGGAGAUAAUAUGAAUGGCACUUACUGAUGAAUAACCUGCUUAAAAUUGUGGAGAACAUUUAGUGAUGACUUAUUAUUAUUAAUUUCUGAUCAAAGCAAAUUACAUAAAGAGAUAAAAACAAAAUAUUAAGCCAAUAUUUAAUAUGGUUAAUUUAACAUGUCUUUCUAAUCAGGUGUAAGUGAAGUUAUAAAGCAAAAUCUUAUAAUGAUUAAAAUGCAUUGGUAUAUAUCAGUUGGAUGCUCUAGAUUUUAACGAUAUUUUCGGCAGUAAUCCUAACAAUAUCUGCGAGAUUUAAUCACUUCAGGAGACUUAGCUUAGUCUUAAACUCAAAUGCUAAGCUAAAAUGUAGAAUAAUAUUUUCUAAUAAAUCAUAUGUAAUUCUGAAGAUAUAAAUAAAUACGGUUAAAUAUAUAUAUUACGUAUAUAUAUGUUAAACACUUUAAUCAAUGUUUUCAAUAAACUAAUAUCAAAUAAAGUAUAGAAUAUACCUUUACAACGACUACAAAUAUGUACAUAUUUUUGAUAAGUAAUGGAAUGGUUUCUCUUAUUUUUCGUAGAAAAAAAAAGGCUAAGAUAAUAUAUGUUGGCAAAAAGAGAGUAUUAGUGAUCUACACGUUUUCAUUAAUGUAACGUAGAAGCAAAAUAACUACUUGAUGAAGACGUUUGCUCGAAAAUUUGUGAUGGGUUUUGAUUUCUUUAGUUGGUGUUUAAACUGAAUAUUUCGAAUAAUAGAUAUUUAGUUGCCAUUGCCGACGAAACACUUCACUCCAGAGCUUAAGACUUCAAUCUGUAUCAUUACUAGAGAAACUAAGCGUUCUACUAAUUCGUCACCAUUUCUAUCAAGUAUAUUUUAACAUGUUGUCGCCAAAGCAACUACCAAUAAUACUUGUCAUUCUUCCCACCAUGUCCUCGCCAAAGUUACCAGCUAGGCUUUUCAUCAUGUACUCACCAUUGUUACUAGCUUGACUUUUCAUCAUGUACUCACCAAUGCUACUAGCCACGCUUUCCAUCAUGUACUCUACGUAACGUAUUUCCUCACUUUUAAUUAUUGUAAGACAAUGGGUUUGGGAUCUUUCCAAACUACAGGAUUUACCAGUGAAAGUGAAGCUGUACCUUGCCAUUCAGCAUCUUUUCUAACGAAAAUGAGGCUGAUGAUUUUUUCAGAUUAAGUGUAUCGUCCCUAACAAUAACUCUGAUACUAACCUCACUCCUUUCAGCCUACUCUCGAUCCUCAUUGUCAGAUUUUAACAUUAUUUAAUUUUUUUACUCCAUUUGUCCAAAUAAAAGGCUUUUACUUAUAUUUCUUCAGAGUAUAGAUAUAUACUAUGUUGUUGUUAGGCUUAGGAUUAUUCUACAGUAG